CCAUUGCAACGUACGUCUACUUCCUUGUUUUGAAUUCCAAUGUUCAGUGUAGGAUGUGCUUCAGCCCGUUUAGAAACUCUCUGAGCAUUAACAUGCAUGAAAUGACCAACUGAGUUGACCAUGUGGACGCUGUGGCCUGGAUAUGUGUGUUUUUUCAGCCUUUUAACAGCUGUAACUGUGUCUGGUGAUGAUAUCCGUUUCGCAUCGUACUAUGGUGAUCACAUGGUCCUACAGAAAGCCCCUGAGAAAGCCGUGCUGUGGGGUUAUGGGCCAAAAAACGUGUCUGUCGUUGUCACUCUGUCAGGGCUGUCCAAAAGAAAAACAUACAGCAGUACUGUGUUUGACGGAAUUUGGAGGGUGACCCUUGACCCAGUGAAGGCAGGAGGUCCUUACAACGUGAGUGCUGUCCAGAAGGGUGGGAGCGAUGCCGAGGUCACGCUCACAGAUGUGCUGUUUGGGGAUGUGUGGCUGUGUGGGGGCCAGAGCAACAUGGCCUUCACAGUCUCUCAGAUGUACAACAGCUCAGCAGAGCUGGACCUGGCCUCUCGGUACCCAGAUGUGCGCAUCUUCCAGGUUGCCCUGGAAACGAGUGCGGCUGAACUGAGGGACCUGUCUGGAAUUGCUGUGCCCUGGUCUGUGCCCACGGCAGAUUUGCUAGGUGGCGGAGAUUUCACUCAGUUCUCGGCAGUCUGCUGGAUGUUUGGGCGCUACCUGUACCAGACCUUGCGCUACCCCGUUGGCCUGGUGGAGUCGUGCUGGGGGGGGACGCCUGUAGAGGCGUGGUCCUCCACCAGAGUCCUUCAGAAAUGUGGCAUUACCCAGGGGGCACAGAGUAGUUACAACUUCAUGGACAGUGAACUAUUCAUCACGGCAGGCCCAAUGCACAACUCUGUGCUGUGGAACGCCAUGAUCCACCCUCUGCUCAACAUGACCAUCACAGGAGCCAUCUGGUACCAAGGUGAGAGCAAUCAUAACCUCAACUGUGAUCUAUACAACUGCACCUUUCCCAGCAUGAUUGAUGACUGGAGGAUGGCCUUCCACCAGGGCUCAGGGGGCCAGAGUGCUCUAGACUUCCCCUUUGGAUUUGUGCAGCUGUCCACCUGGCAGAAAGGUUCCAAGUUAGAUGGCUUCCCAGACAUCCGUUGGCACCAGACAGCAGACUUUGGCUACGUUCCUAACGAGCGCAUGAAGCGGACCUUCAUGGCCGUGGCCAUGGAUCUACCAGACGCUGACUCAACCUGGGGCAGCAUCCACCCACGCUUCAAACAGGAAGUGGCGUACAGACUGUCCCUUGGUGCACUGGCAGUGGCCUACGGAGAGAGGGGUGUGUCUCACCAGGGCCCCUUCCCUAGUACUGUCCGUAUUAAUGACACCCACCUAAUGCUCACCUACAACCAGAAUGUCUCUGCCACCACAUCCAAAGAUUUAUUUGAGAUCUGUUGUUCCACGGAAAAGGUGCAGUGCGAUCCUCUGCAACACUCCUGGAUGACUGUACCCAUGGUGCCGCAGGGCUCUGCCACGGUGGCCGUGACCCUGAUAGGCUGCCGGGGGGAGCACGUGGCCUCGCUGCGGUACGCCUGGAGGGACUGGCCCUGUGACUUUAAGGCCUGCCCCGUCUACAGCGCUGAUGAGGUCCUGCCCGCACCACCUUUCCUCCUGCACCGGUGGUAAAAAGGUUAACAAAGGUUUCACGCCACAUGUAGUUUACUUAUUUCAUGUCUUGAUUGCCUUGCGAAUGCGGUCAGCUGACUGUUUUCAGACCACACACACAGACCGUCAGUGAACAGGGACUAGCAGCCUCGGCUGUGAAGGCAUCAGAUGUGCUCCAUUAGCCUCAGGGUUGCGCCCUGUAGGUCCUGAAACUGAGUUUGUCUCGUUACAUUUGCCUUGUCCGACACGUGCACUUUGAGAACCCUACAGAUAGGGUUUUCUCCAAAUAAUGAUUUAUGUGAUUUCUUUUCUUUUUUGGCAGAGGUAUGUUAAUAGCUAUAACAUAACAAUUAUGAAAGCAAGAAGCCACACACUCCAAGUUUGGGUAACUUUGGUAUGGAGUUGUCAUUAAUCUUCAGCAUACAGAUGUUUAACCUGAUGAAAUGGUAUUGCUAAUAAAGUUUGAACACUAAUUAAAAA